AAAAUAGCGACUGAAUAAAAAAUAAUUCAUCAAUUAAUACUGGAGAUACGUUUAAGUGUCUUUUGAACUGUGGGAAGCAGAAGACCGCGAUACAAUAGGCAGGUUCCUCUCAUGAUGUCGGCGGAGCGGAGAGACGAAAAAGAGGGGGAGCUCAGUGUUCUGGAAGACAUCCUAACCGACGCCCCUGACCAGGAUGAUGAGCUCUACAAUCCAGAGGCCGAACAUGAUCUGGCCGACAAGAAGGGGACCAAGAGAAAGGCGGGUCGUCCAGACAGCCAGGGGACCAAGAGACCCCGCCCCUCGGGCCACACCCACAGACCCAACACUGGAGCCAAGCGCACCCCCCCCUCAUCCUCCAAAAAGGCUCCGGCCUCCGCAGCCUACAGGGCGGGAUACUAUGAGGAGCGCAAGACCCGGCGAGCGGACAUCGUUGUUGCUGAACAGAAGCCUCGGCGAGAAGAGCGCCGGCCCGUCCCCAUCCACAAGGAGGUAGAGCAACCGGGAGAGGAAGGAGAAGAGGAGACGGCAGAACAGGAGGAGGAGGAGGAGGAGGAGGGGCUAGAGGUUGAGGAGGAGGAGGGCCUGGAGGAGGAGGAGGCGGUGGAGGAGGAGGGCCUGGAGGAGGAAGAGGAAGACCAGGAAGAGAGGGAGGAGGAGGAAGGGGAGGAGGAGGAAGAAGAGGAAGAGGAAGAAGAGGGUGAACAGGAGGAGGAAGAGGAGGAGGAGGAGGAAGGCGGCUAUGGGAGGAGUCGUGGUGAGGCCUAUGACACACGCAGCGAGGCAGGAGACUCCCGCAGCGAGACGCACUCCUCAUCCCGCUCCUCGUCUCGCUCACCUGCCUCAUCGCACUCCGCCUCCACCGAUCGAGAGGGCGCGGCCAGGAGGGGCGGAGCCAGGAGGAGGGGCGGAGAGUUCUCCGAUGGGGGUUCCAACAGGAAACGAGAGAAGCUGUCGUCUUCCGUCCAGGCCGUCCGUAAAGGGAUGGAGAACCAGAGCAGCAAGCUCCGCUACAUCCUACGGGACGCGCGCUACUUUCUAAUUAAAAGCAACAACCAUGAGAACGUCUCCCUCGCCAAGGCCAAGGGAGUGUGGUCCACUCUACCAGUGAACGAGAAGAAGCUGAACACUGCUUUCCGCUCCGCUCGAAGUGUUAUGUUGGUGUUUUCUGUACGGGAGAGCGGCAAGUUCCAAGGUUUUGCUCGUCUAUCCUCAGAGUCCCAGCAUGGUGGCUCGCCCAUCCACUGGGUCCUCCCAGCUGGGAUGAACGCCAAGAUGCUGGGGGGGGUUUUCCACAUCGACUGGCUGUGCAGACGGGAGCUGCCAUUCACCAAAACCGCCCACCUGAGUAACCCUUGGAACGAGCACAAGCCGGUUAAGAUCGGACGAGACGGACAGGAGAUCCAGCCCGACGUCGGAGCCCAGCUCUGCUCUCUCUUCCCUGCCGACGAGAGCGUAGACGCCGGCCCCGUGGCCCGCAAGAUCCGGCGCAACCGCCUGAUGGCCCCUCCCCCCUCCCUGCCCCCUGCCCACGCAGGCCCCGCCCACCACCACGCUGGCCCCGCCCACCACCACCACCAUCACUCAUCCACAGCGGCCGGGAUGCCCGGCGGCCCGGCAGAGAGGGGCCGCCCCCCCCACCGCGAUGUCGGUGGCGUCCUGGGAAGGCGUCGCUCGGAUGAGUAUGAGGUACACGGCCGGAAGCGACCACGGGCAGAACAGGAGAUGAACCAGCGGCCAGGUUCCAUUCAAGAUCUACGCAACGCACCCAUUGACAGACGAUUCUCUGGUGUACGAAGAGAUGUGUUUCUGAACGGGUCUUAUAAUGACUACAUGAGGGACUAUCAUCUGGGACCCCCACCAACAUGGCAGACGAUGGCACCAUAUCCCAGUGUGGAGCAGGCCCCGCCCCCUCCCCACCACCACCACCACCAGGGGCCUCCGUACUACCACCAUGCCCCCGCCAUGCACCACCAUCCUGCCUCUUCCUCCUACUCUGCCCACCACCACCAGGGACCCCCCCUUGCCCCACCUCCACACCACGACACACGAUUCAGAGAAAAGCGUCUGCCGCGCCCCUUUGCACCUAGCCCGCACGACUAUGACAUGCGUGUGGAUGACUUCCUGCGUAGGACGCAGGCCGUGGUGAGCAGCCGACGACAGCGGUCGGACCGGGUACCUCGUAGUGGGGGCGGGGAGGGCGGGGCUUCAGCCCCCUCCGCACGCCGCGGUGAGCGUUCACGUGAUCGUGAACGACCUCGUGAGCGUGAGCGCGACAAGGAGCGGGGUGGAGCCAGCAGCCGUUACCGACGGUAACAAGCAACAUCCAAAGGCGGUUAGACAGCCGGUCGGUUGGUCUGUUCCAUCUGGACGGAAUGCUUCACAAUAUGCUAUGACAAAUAAUAUUGUAGUUAUCAAAAGAAUAUCCUGAUUUUAAUAUUAUCUAGAGAUCGUAACAUCCACAUGUUUAUCUUAUCCAGAGAUAUUAAUAUUGAUGUGUUAUUAAUAUCAGGAUAUUCUCAUAGUAUUCGUUUGGUUUGAGGUUUUUUACCUGAAGCACCCCAAGCUUCAUGCCCCACCUUUUUGUUUUCCUAUCAAAGAGCAAGGGCAUCAAUGUGUCCAACAUGUAGUUGUUUAACAUGGCGCAUAUUGAAAUGAAGAACAACUACCAGUGCCCCCUGUGAAACAGAACUCUGUAUAUACUCUAUGUAUAUAUACAGUUCUAUGUAGAACUCUGUAUAUAUUAACAAUGUUUUUGAUCCCGGUUAGUUUUCUCUUUUUGUCCGUACACAUACAAAUGUUCCUGAAAACGAUUAAAGUGAUUGUUUAAAAAAAAUAAACAGAAUCUGUGCCAUGUAGAAAUCAAGGUCCCCUGACUUCCUUUUGGAGUUCUGAUGGAGAACAUCCUGCAUUGGACUGUUCUGAUGGAGAACAUCGUCCACUGGACUGUUCUGAUAACUACCUUUUAGUUGUAUUUCAACCAUUUCCUCCGCCCACUACGACUCGUUUAGACUUUGAAAGUUAAUUUUUUAAUAUAAUUUUUUAAGUUUGGAUGUUGUGGAGGAAAUCGAGGCUCAUUUUAAUGUUUUACUGUCUGAACGAUUAUUUUGUUAAGGUGUAAAAAUGAGCUCUCUGAUUAAAGUUUUACAAAAGUC